UACCAAAGGCAUUAGAGAAUGUGCUGUAAUUCUGCAGUAGUUUCAUUGCUUGGUUAGAAGGGUGGUUUUUGACUGGGGGAGAUUCAGCUGGGUUCUAAUGACACUCAACCUGCCACAGCAAACAGUCAUUACCCAAAACCACACUCUGGGUCAGUCAAUCCUCAACUGCCAUCCAGUGUUGACUUUGCAUCCAUUUCCUCCAAUAACGUAGGCCAUUUUAUAUUUGACAUUUUGUAUUUAGUUAUAGUACUGAAUUUGGGGACUUGUCAGACACUGUUCAGAAAGGCAAGUAAGAAACACACUUACAAACUACUCCUACACUUUGGAUGCCAUCGUGCUUAGCCACAUGCGUUACACUUCUGACACCAAACGUUGCAAAUUUAUGGGGUAGCCGUCUGGGACUUGCAUUUGUGAGUCCAAGACCUUUGCCAUUAAACCAAGAAAGGUCCAAGCCUCUUGAAAAGGUUGUUAGGUGUUGUACGGAGAAUGAUUGUUAGAAUUUAGCUGCUAUUUAAAGUCAGUCACAGUCCAGACUCUAUUGAACAUGUACAGCUGUACGUUAGUGUGUACAUGUACUGUACGUUAGUGUGUACAUGUACUGUACGUCAUGUUCUGUACGUUAGUUGGCAAAUCGGCUUCUGUUCUGAACAUGUUAUCAUUUCUUGUGAUCUAUCUAAUGGUAGAGAGCUGGUUGCCGUUUUAUAGUAUUAGUGGUGGUUUAUUUUGGGAAACAGACUGCUUGUAACUUGCUUGUGCUUUGAACCAUGUUGCUACUAGAGAUGCCUUUUGUCAUUUUACAUGAAUGAAAACAACAUGAAUGUAUUAGUGUCAUGUGUUGCACAAGCUUUGGUGUUCCCUGUAUUGUGCUUGAGCAGUGAUCAGUCAUAACAUAGCUGUAAGAGUAAUGGGACACACCUACAACUAGGUAGAGCAGUUUCCAUGACUGCAUUAGAGAAUGCCAUAAAUCUAGAUUAUUUUAAGAGCUUUUUGGGGGGGAAAGCACCUUUUUGAAGAGUGGGAACGACAUGGAAAUGAACACAACUGUGACUGUUAUUUCCCUGACUGUCAUUCUCCUGGGCUCGGUGGAAGGUAACGGGGUACAGAUGCAGAGAGAUGUUCAGUGCUGUAUGCAGUACUCCCAGGGGAAAGUGCGCACCAAAGACGUGCUGAGGUUUGAGGUACAGACGGAGGGGCCAGACUGCAGUAUAAAAGCCAUCAUACUGUACACCAAGAAGGCGGUGAAGUGUGCUGACCCCAGAGACCGAAAGGUCAAGAGGUUACUGAGGAAGCUGCUCCAGAGGCAGAGGACCAAAGCACAUAGGAUCAUGUGGCUCUACCCUCAUGGCAACCUGCCAGUCAUGUCGGAGGACAAGAAGGAUGGGUGGGAUGCCUUCCAUGUGGAAUGAGUGUGAGGUUGUUGUUACCACAAGAGAAUUAUUGUCAUAGGCCAAGUAAACUUCCAGCGGCUUGUCAUCCUAACUCAGCCAAGCUUUCUGACUCUCCAGUCGUCUCGUGUCAAUAUCUCCCUGGGAGUGUGGUGGCUGAGCUGUCAUUGCCAUACAGUCCAUGAGAGGUUUUGAUAUAUAGCUAAAUGUAUUUUACACUGACUGUCGCUAACUAUGCCAAAGUAUUAUGCUAAGUAUUUCUGAUUACUCUAGCCCAAGAAACCAGUCUUCACCGUCAAUGUAUACCUGUUCAAUGUAUACCUGUUCAAUGUAUACCUGUUCAAUGUAUACCUGUUCAAUUUCCUAGAGGGCUUGUUCUCGCCUGAAACACAAUCUAAUGUAGAAAAAUGCACUGUCUGUUUAAACACGACAUCUGAAGUGGAUCUUUUCUAAAUAAAUGGACCUGAAGGAA